ACUUAAUCAAAUCCCUAAUCCUGCGAGAACUGAACCGUCCCCAGGCCAUUCAUCUACCUUGCGAUUCAUCUUCCUGCCCCUUCUCUACUGUGACGACGCAUCAAGAUGGAAGAAGAUGAGGACAUCAUGGCGGAUAGCCAUGGAACGAACAUGGCGGCCGGGCAGCCGGAACGCUCUCUACACACAUCUCCUCCAUCCAUGGCUGAUAAUCAGAAUUCAUCGUCCGAAAAAAAAUAUUCCAAGAGUUGGGAUGUGCUUUCAAUCUGAGGAAGAGGCAUACAAGUUCUAUAAUUUUUAUGCUGAGAGUAAUGGAUUCAGCAUUAGGAGGUGUCACAGAAAGUAUAGAGCAGAUGGAACUUUAUCUUCUAGAUAUUUUGUUUGUAGCAAGUCAGGUGUGAAGGCUACUCACCCAACACAUGUAACCAAGAAAGAACAACCUAAUUCCAGGACUGCUUGUAUGGCUCGUGUUCAAUUCAGCAUCACUCAGGAGGGUAUUUGGAAUGUUUAAAAAGUCAUACUCGAUCACAAUCAUCAGCUAGUAAGUCCAGAUAAGAGGCACAUGCUUCGAUCUCAGCGUCAACUCUUAGAUGCUGACCGGCACAUGAUUAACAAAUGAGGACAUCGGGCAUUAGACAAUCAGAAAUAUUUGAUUUCUGUGAGCAAUGGUAUGGUAAAGAUGGUGUACCCUUCUUGCAAAUGGAUUGCAACAACUAUUUGCGGAGUGAGCGCAGAAAGUAUUUAGAAUCCAAUGAUGCCCAAACACUGAUGGAGUAUUUAAAGAACAAGCAAGUUGAGGACCCUUCAUUCUUUUAUGGUGGGCAGCUAGAUGAAGAUGAUGGUAAAAUAAUGAAUAUCUUUUGGGCUGAUGGGCAAGCAAUCAUGGAUUAUUCUGUCUUUGGUGAUGCAAUUUCUUUUGACACCACAUUUUCAACAAAUAAGUUUAAAAUCCCAUUUGCUCCGCUUAUUGGUGUCAAUCAUCACAAACAGACUAUUCUCUUUGGAGCAGCAUUACUAUACAAUGAAAGUGCAGAUUCAUUUGAGUGGAUUUUUAGAUAAGUGCACUGCUUGUAUUCGUAGGAAAGAAAAGUAUGAAGAUUACAAAUCAUGCCAUACCGACCCAGUACUUUGCCUAUCUAACCUACCUUUGCUGAAGACUGCAGCUGAAUCAUACACCAGGACACUCUACUCUGAGUUUGAAGAGGAAUUCAAAAAGCAAUUUAGUUUGUCAUGUGUGUUGCUGGGCACUGAGGGCACAAUAAGCACUUACAAGGUGACAUCCUUCCAGUACAAGAAUGAUGAAGCCAUAGUGACUUUUAACCCAAGUACUUUGGACAUUUCUUGUUCAUGCAGACUGUAUGGUUGUGUAGGUAUAUUAUGCAAGCAUAUUCAUAAGGUUUUCACCUGCUGCAAUAUUAUUACCCUUCCAAGUCAUUACAUAUUGAACAGAUGGACAAAAUAUGCGAAGCAGGAAAUAUUCACAUCCAAACUGAAUAACAAUGAUAGCCUAGAAUUCAUGUUUGCACAUACUUCUCGAAAGAUGAUGUCACUUGCACUGAAGUGUAAAUCUUCAAAGGAGGUUCUUAGAUACCUCAACGAUGGUAUUGAUAAAUUGGCUUUGGAAGCAGGAGAAUUACUUAGCAAGGUAAACUUGGAUGAAGUUGAGGACCCUGAAAGCUCCGCUGAAAGUACUGAAGAGAUUUCCAAAACAAUGGUACCAUUUAAAACUCCUGAGAGAGUGAAGGCUCGGAUGGAAAAAAAAAGAUCAAAAGAUGCUCUAGAAGGAGCAAAGAAAAGCCAGAAAAAAGGGAAUUUUACUGUCAUGUGUGAAUAAGUGGCAAGGUUUUCACUUUUCUAAUUUCUUGUACUAUAUACACACAAUGUGCAGGAAAAGUUUCAAACCAUCCAGCAAAAGAAUCAGUACUUGCUCCACUUAGAGUCGAUCAACAGAACACUUCCCCAUUCCUUGAACCUGAAAUGGCAAGCGGCCUCGAUUUACAAGCUGAAUGGGUUGAUAAUACAAAUCCAUACACAACCGUGCCUUUUGGAGAGUAUCAGUCAGCGUUUGUUCCACCUAUCCAUGAAGAAUUUACAAGAUUGUUGUUCGGGGUUCAUGGAGAUGGACUACAACAGCUGCUCGUCAGUUAGAUUUCGGCGAAGGUGUCAGUACAUCUGGGUUUCAGCAAUGAUGUUAAUGCUAGUUAGCUGGGCAUGUCAGCUUUCUAUUUACUUGUUGCUACCUGAAUAUUGCUACCAAAAUAUUGCUACCUGAAUAUUGCUACCAGAAUAUUGCUACCUGAAUAUUUGCGAA